AUGAAGAGUGCCAUCACUCAGAGACACUUUGACCUGUCCAGCUCUCUCAUCGGACUCAUAGACGGCAGCUUUGUGAUGGGUAACCUGCUGUUCCUGGCUGUGGUCAGCCAUUUUGGGGCGAAGCUGCACCGGCCCAGGCUCAUUGCUAUGGGCUGUUUCCUCAUGGCUGUAGGAUCCUUCCUCACAGGCCUGCCACAAAUCUUCAUGGGACGCUCUGGCCCCACUGAAGAACGUGGUGGGGGUGGACGGAGCCCAAGUUCUCACUCUCUGGAGUCCAUCCAGGUAAAUAAAUCAUUCAGCAGCAGUAGCGUGUGGCCUGUUCCCGUCCCUCCCACUGGAGCUCCCUCCAAGAGGGGCAAGAAGAAGAAGGGCAGGCGGGGAGUCAAAGCCCUGAAAGUCCAGUUGGACCAGGGCUGUGCUGACAACAACGGACCCAUUGACCUGAUGGAGGAGGUGAGGGACAUCGAGGCUCACCUGAAGGAGGAGGCCUGGAAGGUGGUACAUGAGGUGAAGGCCAUGGGCAGGAGAAGUUUGGGCUCGGACAUGUCCAUGGGGGAAAUAGCCACCAGCUCUCUGGGAAGCCUGAGUGGAUAUGAACACCCCAGCGGAGCUCCGUGACUACUUGGAUGUUGGGACCCCGGUAAAGGCGCGUGACAGCCCACCCAGGCCUGCUCCCCCUCCUACCAAGCCCAGGAGCAAACAGCCUCGGCCUAUAAGGUUCCUUAGCCUGCCAAAGGCUGCCAUCGG